AUGGGGGAGGGAGGAGGGAGGAGGGGGAGGGAGGAGGGGGAGGGAGACUCUAAAGUUCCUGCCAUCGUCGUGUCGUCUGCUCCAGUGACCCCUCCCUCAUCGAGCUCCACAGUGACCCCUCCCUCAUCGAGCUCCACAGUGACCCCUCCCUCAUCGAGCUCCACAGUGACCCCUCCCUCAUCGAGCUCCACAGUGACCCCUCCCUCAUCGAGCUCCACAGUGACCUCCACCCCUCACCCCCCUUCACCCUCACCCUCACCCACACAGUCAGCCAGCCCUAACCCUCCCUCAACUACCCCUACUGUCCCCCCCUCGUCCUCAGUCCUGGCCUCAGAUCGAGUCUCUCCCGUGGGGCAGGUCUCUCCCACCCCUCCCCCUGGGGUAGGCAGGCCCUCAGCCGGGACCACAGACCCAGAGGAGGCCACCAGAGCUCUGGCUGAGAAGAGGAGACAGGCUCGAGAACAGAGGGAGAAGGAGGAGAGAGACCGAGUGGAGCAGGAGCAGAGGACCAGGGUUCUUCGUGAGGAGGCUUCGUGUCGUGAGGCUGAGGAGAGGAGGAGGAGGGAGGAGGAAGCACAGUUUAUGGUUCAACAGCAGAGACUGAGGGACGAGCGAGAGAGGGAGGAGAGAGAGGAGAGGGAGAGAGAGGAGGGCGAGCGAGCACAGAGACAGAGGGAGGAGGCGGAGUCUAAAGCUCGAGAGGAGGCGGAGCAACAGCGUGUGGAGCGAGAGAAGCACUUUCAGAAAGAAGAGCAAGAGAGACUGGAGCGUAAGAAGCGUCUGGAGGAGAUCAUGAAGAGGACGAGGAAGAGCGAGACGGAGAAGCCCCACCUGCUCCUCGUCGCUCCUCGCGGUCCUCAUGCUCUUCGUGGUCCUCGUCGCACUCACACGAUCUGCAGCGCAAGCAAUUUAUUGGAUACGCGCAGCCCCGGCCUCUGUCACUGCCUCAGCCUGAUUUAUGAGCUGCUCAGCGACCUACUUAUCAGCCACAAAAACAGGCCACAUCCACAGGAGGAGGCCAGGAGGAGGCCAGGAGGAGGCCAGGAGGAGAGGAGGAGGCCAGGAGGAGGCCAGGAGGAGGCCAGGAGGAGAGGAGGAGGCCAGGAGGAGGCCAGGAGGAGGAGGAGGAGAGGAGGAGGAGGAGGAGGCCAGGAGGAGGCCAGGAGGAGGAGGAGAAGAGGAGGCCGGGAGGAGGCCAGGAGGAGGCCAGGAGGAGGAGGAGAAGAGGAGGCCAGGAGGAGGCCAGGAGGAGAGGAGGAGGCCAGGAGGAGGCCAGGAGGAGGAGGAGGAGAGGAGGAGGAGGAGGAGGCCAGGAGGAGGAGAGGAGAGGAGGAGGCCAGGAGGAGGAGGAGAAGAGGAGGCCGGGAGGAGGCCAGGAGGAGCUGA